AGAUUUUUAUUUUUUUUCAUUACGUUACCUAUCUCUUCUAUUCGCGACCCAUAACACAAUACGAACCAAGAAAAUAACAAAAGAAGUAGAGAAAAGCCUUUUGAUUUUCUCCUGAAACAUUUUGGAAAGAACAUAUCGUUUUACAAGUUGUAGCCAGGAGCGGAGUUACAGAUCUUCGAAAUCUAUAUGAUUCCGUUCCUUUGGUAAUAGGGUUUUAUCUUCUCCCAUAACAAUUUAGGUAUGCAUUUGCAAGUUGAAGCUGCCUCACCAAUGAAGGGUCUAUUAAAAGGAUUGAGGUACAUUGCUCGCAUCUUCGAGGAUGAUAAGGAACCAGAGAUGCAGAUUGGAAAACCGACCGAUGUGAAACAUGUUGCUCAUAUAGGAUGGGAAGGGCCCUCUGCUACGACCCCAAGCUGGAUGCAUGAUUAUAAGUCUCCGACGGCUGAGGCUAAAGGAAGUUCCAACAAGAAACCCAGGGAGAAGCAAAGGAACAAGGGGAGGCGUAAAGCAUCCACAGGCACAAAUAACUCACCUGCAGAGUCUCCAUCAAGGGUAGGAGGUUCAACAAGGCCAUCAAGACGUAGCACGGGUAAACAGAGAGAGCAGAGCACGGGUUCAGGGUCGGAGUCAGGUUCAGGGUUAGACUUACCUCAACAGAAUGAUCAGUCUGUGGGACAGAAACAGUCGAGGCAGAAGAAGUCAAAAGGAACAACAGGAGGAGGAGGAGGAUCGUCUAUUGGGCCUGCAAAGACAAAAGAAACAGAUAGGUCGGUUCGUGCGGUUAUUCCUUCUGUGGGAGGUCUUGAAAGUUCUACAGGAAGAUGAGAGAUGAGAAAAUGGGAGUUUUUUUCUUCAAGUUUAGACUAUAGUGGUGGUUUUGUUUUUCUUCUCAUAAUCUACCCACUUUUGUCUUUUCAGUCCAUCUUUUUGGAGAGGUCUUUGCAUAACAAGACCAGUUUUUUAUCAAACCGAUUUACGUCGAAAGAGAACUCAUUGGUGAUUAUGAA